CAUAGACAAGAUUGUCCAUUUUUUUCCUACUCGAUUUACGUCUGUUUCGCUCCAGUUGGACAAAAUGCCGUCUGCCACAGAUAAAUCGGUUAGCUCUAAGAAGCGAAAGAGCCCCAAGGAAAUCGGAGUGCCUUCGUCGAAACGUCGUGCCGUUGCAGAAAAUGAGAGUGCGCAGGCCAUGGCCAAGAUCCAGCAGCUGGAAGACGAGAUUUCCGAGUCUAGAAAACACUACAAUAACAUUGUGACAUUGAUAUCUAUGCUCAGCGCAGAUGGGACGGGUCCUAAUCCAAACCUCGCUGUGGCAGUGUCGCUUUGUCGAGUUUUUAGCAGGUUGAUUGCCGGUGGAAAUUUGACGGAGCCAGAGCGCGCAACGGACAAUGAGAAAAUUAUCGUGGCAUGGUUGAAGGAGCGCUGUCGGGAGUAUCAGAGGCUCCUAGUGUCCAUCAUGCGUGGGAGUGAUAACUCAUCUCAGAUCACUGCCUUGACCCUAUCGAUGCGCCUCCUCAACGAACGUGCUACCCAUAUCCCCGGCGACGAUACUCAGGCCUGGUCGUCAGGCCUCUUCCGCAAUAUUUUCGAGGCCGUGAUUGAGGCAAAAGAUGGAGAAGCACUGCGAUCUGAGUUUCUUGAGAAAUUUGCGAAGCCAUAUGAGGAUGUGACCUACCAUACCUUCAUGCAACUUGCUGAAUACGCAUCGACGGGAAGAAGUACCGAGAUCCUCGAAAUCUUAGUCUCUAUAUUGUCCGCUUGCGAUGCGGUUCCUACCGCGGACCACGAAUUCGAGAACUUCUACUGCAAGAUCAGCAAGCAGAAUAAGAAGGUUAUUUCCGUCAAUUCGCACAAGAAGCGAGCCCAAGAUGCCUGGCUGGCUGUUCUCCGAAACAACCUCUCCCAGCCUCUGCGAAAGACCUUGCUGCGCGUUAUGGUCCAUCACAUCGAGCCCUGGUUUAACCGCCCUGAACUCCUCAUGGAUUUCCUCACCGACUCCUACAACGUCGGUGGGGCUACAUCGCUACUCGCCCUUUCGGGUCUCUUCUAUCUCAUUCAGGAGAAGAACCUCGAUUACCCCCAAUUCUACCCCAAACUCUAUUCCCUCCUCGACGCCGACCUUCUACACUCCAAACACCGCUCCCGAUUCUUCCGAUUGAUGAACACCUUCCUCUCCUCAACCCAUCUUCCCGCAGCCCUAGUCGCAAGUUUCGCUAAACGCCUCUCCCGCCUCUCUCUCAACGCACCCCCAACCGCGGUCGUCGUGAUUGUCCCCUUCAUCUAUAACCUCCUGAAAAGCCAUCCCACCUGCACAUUCAUGCUCCAUCGCGAAGUCCGUGACAGGGAACGCACAGCGGAACUCGAAGCAGAGGGUACGGAUGAUCCCUUUGAUCCCAACGAACCGGAUCCAAACCGCACCGGCGCUAUGGAGAGCAGUCUAUGGGAGAUCGAAACCCUGCAAUCUCACUACCACCCUAAUGUAGCUGCGAUUGCCCGCAUCAUCUCAGAGCAGUUCACGAAGCAGGGGUACAAUCUGGAGGAUUUCUUAGAUUAUACUUACCAGGGGAUGUUACAGGCGGAGUUGGGCUCAGAGGAAAAGCCCCUGAGGAAGGUCCCUGUUGUGGAAUACCAAAUACCGAAGCGUAUAUUCACAGAUCGUAUGCUAGAAGAAGAUGGUGGUCAGGAUACUGCUCCGGGUAGUCUCAUGAGAGCUUUGUGGGACUUUUCUUAAUUUCAAUAUGUUUCCUUACGUUUCAGCAAGUAUCUUAUGAUUAUAUUCAUCAAGCACAUAAUUACAGAGUAUAGAGCAGGCAUUGUUGGAAGAAAAAAAAAUUUAUUCCCCG